AUGGAUCAAGAAGCUCUUCUCGCCAGAAAAUCUACGCAUCAGCAGCCGGCGAAAGGCAAUGUUACGACCAUUUCGAUAAUUCUUGCAAGUCAGGCGUUGGAGAAACUUGCAUAUUACGGAUUGGUACCGAACAUGAUACUUUACUUGACGGCGGAAUACGGCAUGGGAACGGCGGAAGCUGCCAACAUCAUCUUCCUCUGGUCUGCCGCCACCAAUUUCUUCCCUCUUGUUGGUGCUUUUAUCGCUGACUCUUACACGGGCCGUUUUCCUCUUAUCGGCUUUGGAUCCUUUAUCAGCCUUCUGGGGAUGCUUUUAUUACUCUUGACAACAAUAAUUCAACCAGACUGCGACAAAUCAACACACGUGUGCCAACCCACCACACGGCUCCAACUUCUUCUCCUAUAUUCAUUUUUUACCCUCACCUCCAUCGGUGCCGGCGGCGUCAGGUCCUCCUGCUUAGCCUUCGCCGCGGACCAGCUCCAGCUCCAACCCAACCACACAUCACGUGUCACCACAUCAGCCCUAGAAACCCUCUUCAACUGGUACUACUUCUCCGUCAUGCUCGCUUGCUUUAUCUCUCAGUCGUUACUCGUCUUCGUUCAGACAACGUAUGGUUGGAAAAUCGGUUUUGGAGCUUCCGUCGCUGCCAUGGCUCUAUCGGUGACUUUGUUUUUCGCGGCUACUCCGUUUUAUGUCCACUACAAGUAUCAGUCCGGGCUCGUUGCUGGACUUUUCCAGGUUCUCGUUGCUGCUUUCAGGAACUGGCACGUUAAUUUGUCGGAGGAGGAGUAUAUUAUAUCGUACCAUCACGAGACAGGAUCUUCAUUUUCAAUUCCUAGCCAGAAAUUGAGGUAUUUGAACAAAGCUUGUGCUACAAGUAACCCGAACCAAGACCUAGCCCUAACAGGGAACUCAUGGAGUCCAUGGAAGCUAUGUAGGGUGCAACAAGUGGAAGAUCUCAAAUCCCUCAUCAAUGUCCUACCCAUCUGGUCAACGGGAAUCAUCUUAUCACUUGUCACAGGUUGCCAAGUCUCCUUCACAGUCCUUCAAGCCAAAGCUAUGGAUCGCCGCACCUUCAUUCAGGGUUUCGAGAUUCCCCCGGGCUCUUAUGGCAUCUUCUUGGUCAUCUCCUUCGUGCUCUUCCUUGUUCUUUAUGAUCUCGUUCUCGUCCCGUUAGUUUCUUGGGCUCUAGGAAAGCCCUUCCGAUUGGGAGUUAUGGUGAGAAUGGGAGCUGGAAUUGUACUAACAGUUAUAUGCAUCUCCACUCUCGCGACCGUGGAGUUCGUCAGAAGAAAACAAGCCAGAGAAGACAGAGGUACGAUGUUGUCGGCUAUGUGGCUAUUGCCGUACAUGAUAUUAGGAGGCAUCGCGGAAGCAUUUCUUUCGAUAGCACAGAAUGAGUUCUUCUACUCUGAGCUUCCAACCUCCAUGUCAAGCGUCGCCACCACACUCUCCGGCCUCGGCAUGGCCGCCGCAAGCCUAGUCUCCUCCUGGAUCGUCACUGUGGUAGACGCAGCCACCCACGGGAGCUGGAUCACAGAGGAUAUAGACGAGGGACACUUGGACUAUUACUAUUGGCUCAUGGCGUCCUUGUCUGUCCUGAAUGUUUUCUAUUUUCUUUGGUGUAGCAAAGCUUAUGGUAAAUGUAAAAGUGAUGCAUAA